AUCUUAUCAUUUUUACUGAAAAUUAAAAAACUUGAAAACGAAGUUGUGCUAAAUUAACGAUGUUAUAUAUAAUUAACUUAUUAAUGUAAUGAUAUAUGUAAGUCGUUCAAAUUAAUUCUUCGUGAUAGUAUGUGAUACUAUAGGUGUGAUUAGCUCAACGACUUUUUCACAUUUUUCACAUCUGAAUCAACGCACCCUGUGCCCGGUGCCGCCGACCCAAAUGGCAUCCACCUCGCCGGAACCCGCCGCCGCCGACGAAACUAUCGACACCAUCCACAUCCGUCGCCUAGAGUGUUCCGACCACGAGAGGGGCUUCGUCGCCCUUCUCUCCCAGCUCUCCCCCUGCCCGGACCUCACCACAUCCGUGUUCGCCACGCGCUUCGCCGAGCUCGCGGCGCAGGGCGACGACCACAUCAUCCUCGUGGCCGAGGACCCCUCCGCCUCGGACCGGCGGAUCCUCGCGACAGGGUGCCUCUUCGUGGAGCGUAAGUUCCUGCGAGGCUGCGGCAAGGUGGGGCACGUGGAGGACGUGGUGGUCGAUGCCGCCGCGCGCGGCAGGGGUCUCGGGCUCCGCAUCGUGCGCCGCCUCGUGGAGAUCUCCAGGGACGCCGGCUGCUACAAGGUCAUCCUCGACUGCACCCCCGAGCUGCGUGCCUACUAUGCCAAGUGCGGAUUCGUGGAGAAGGGUGUCCAGAUGGCCGUCUACUUCUGAGUUCUGAUCUAGAGAUUCAUUGCUAAGGAGUGAUGGCAUAUGCGCUCGUUCUGCUUAAAGACCCCAUCUAAAUUUGCCGUGAAUUUUGGCAAUUGAGAAGCUUCCUUAGAACUGUAUUAAUCCUUUAUAAGAACCGAUAGAUGUUCAUUUUUGUCUUCUAAUUAUGUUUGGCGAGGCCAUUAUGAAUAAUGUUCCCCACUUCUGUUCCCGUUUGCAUCAUCAAACGAGAUAUUAGCCUGUUUGUUCCGGAUUCCAAACGCUUCGGCUGAACUCGCUUAUUUGAAUCAUUUAAAUCAAUGUGAAUAUAAAAUUUGCUGA